AGUUCAGUAGCGGCCAAGCAGGCGCGGAGCUGGUAGGUACUGCGCUGUCCAGCAGUUUAGUGCUGAACUGAGAAGCAUCCGUUCAGUUUAAGGGCUGAGCCCCGGAGCGCUGGUAAGGAAAGGUCUCUGCUAGCGCGCACACAUCAAAGCAACGAGAACACCUCGUCGGCGCCGUUACCCACAGGAGUCCAAUUCACCAGUUAAGCACACAGAAAGAUUUGCUGUUUUUACCAAAGACGAGCAGAGCACGCUGGCAGAAUUGGUGAGAGAAAAGACACCAUUGAACGUGUUGAAAAACAGGCACCAAUAAGCUCACCAUAAAAAGGUAACUCUGGAAGCCAAGCAAGAGCCAUGUAUGAUGGAGCAAUGGUGCCCUCUCCGCAGGAGAACACCAAUGGCUUUGCUCAGGCAAGUGCAUCUACGAACCGACCCAAACAAGAGGAGGAGCCCAGGAAAGCAGAGCCCGUAUUAGUGAAAAAGGCCCACCGAGAAAUCCUGGAUCAUGAAAGAAAGAGGAGGGUAGAGCUCAAAUGUAUGGAGCUGCAAGAAAUGAUGGAAGAGCAAGGAUAUUCAGAAGAAGAGAUCCGGCAGAAGGUUGGCACAUUUCGGCAAAUGCUUAUGGAGAAAGAAGGAGUGAUCACCAGGGAGGAUUCACAUGGGCACCCAAUCUCCAAUCACUUGCCUUAUGAAAAUGAAAAUAUGGGCCUUGAAGAGGGAUACAUUCAAGAAUGCGAUUGUCAUGCUGAUUGCUAUGACAGAGACCACCGAGAUUACAGAAUCAGAUCCAGUAGCUCUCCUUCACCUCCACCCAAAAAGAAGAAGAAAAAGAAAUGCAGUCGCAGGAGAAGUCGUUUUGACCGCUCCUCCUUGUCCCGGAAAGAGAAAAAAAAGAAGAAUGGCAAGAAGCACAAACGAGACAGGUCUGCUUCAGGUCCCAGAAAGAAACGAAGAUAUAGAUCUGGAAGCCCAAAGAACAAACACAAAAGCAAGAACAAACAAAGAAAAAGAUCCCCUGCAGAAUCACCUGGAGUGAGGUCCCACCGCCGAGGGAGUUGCUGUAGCUCACGCAGUGCCUCAAUGUCUUCACUGGGUAGCCCUUUGAAAUCACCAAGCAGACUUACCCCUAAGCACACCGAUGAGGAACAAAAGGUAUUCCACACUCCUUCCAGUUGUAGCAAGUCUCCCUCUCCAAUGCGUGGUAGCAGAUCUUCAACUCCCUGGCAGAAUGGACACCGAGACAGUACAAAGAAUGGCCAGGAGAAUAGUGGAAAUGAGAUCAUCAGAGAGAAGACUCGAGAUACGGUAAAAUCAUUGUCUGCCUCUCCAAGGGUACAGUCCAAACUAGCCUCUGCUCAGCCAGGCUCAAAAGACAGCAAAGUUCAGAAGCUUUCAACCAGAAUUCCAGGAGCUGUGUCACCUUCAGUCAGGAAUGGCUCUUCUGAUGAUGAGAAACAAAUGAGAAGGAGAAGGUCCAGGUCCACAACAUCUAGCAAACGAAGUAGUCGGCAGAAAACAUCAGGCACUGCACAGCAAGAGACUACAAGCCAUACCGGCUGCAGCAGCGACUCUGGGCAUUCGCACCACAGCAAUUGCCAAAAAAAUAAAAGCUUACAUGUUCGAAAAACAAAGAAUUUUCAUGAAGGUGAAAAGCAUCACCGAGGUAGAGUAAAUAGCCGAAAGAAGAGCUUAUCUUUGUCACCAGUUAAGCAUGAGAAACACAGUAGACACAACUCAGAAAGAAAAAAGAGCUCUUCUCGCAGCCUGCGUCACCGAAGCAGUACUUGGAGCAGCCGAUCUCCUUCCCGAUCACACUCCCGUUCCCCGUGAAUGGAGGAGCAAAUCAAGAUCCCCCCAUUCUAGACAAAAUGAGUCCAGGGAAAAAGACAAUGAGGCAAGAACACAUCACACAGAUACAGAGACUAGAGCUCGGAGGCGUUCCAGAAGUUAUUCCCCAAUUAGGAAGCGGAGACGUGACUCUCCUAGUUUCAUGGAGCCAAGAAGGAUUACCAGUGCCCGUAAGAGACCCAUUCCAUAUUAUAGACCCAGCCCAACUUCACCCAGCUCCUUGAGUAGUUACUCUUCCUCUAGUCGGAGUCGAAGCCGCAGCUAUGGCAGUUAUAGCACCUACUCUCGCAGCAGGACUUCGAGCCGCAGUCGCAGCAGAAGCCGUUCAAGGACACAAAGCCGCAACCGCAGUCACAGUUACUACAGCAGGAGUAGCUCCGAGAGCACUGAGUUCUAGUCCUUUAACUGUUUCGUUGGUACAGUGCACCACAGAAUUUACCUUCUUUUUUCUUUGCUCUUGCAUUUUUUUAUUUAUUUUUUUUUUUUUGCAGCGAUGGUUAAAAAAGGUUUAUCAGGAGUUGGACUUUUGCAAAAGCUUUUUUCAUUUUGUUUUUUCAAGUGUCUCAUCCAUACUUUUUCAUUGAGCCAACCUUGCACAUAAUUUUCAAAAUAUUAAAAAAAAAUGGACAAUGGCACAAGUAUUUAUGACAUAAAAAUGUGAACUUUUUGAGAUCUUGUAACAAAUUCUUGAGCACUGAGAUCAAAAUGAGACUUUUUUAGACCUUGCAAAUGGAGCACAGUGAUCAAUUCUGUUCAGUGCCUGUACAAAAUGCAGUCCAUGGUGGAUUGAUCAAAACACAUCAGAGCACCACCAGUAAUCUCAUCAGCAGGCCGUAGAGAGCAUUUUACUUUCAUUCUGUGAAUCAAUACUAAUGUGCACAAACUUAUACAUGACAGUAAAUAUUUCCAGAAAAUAGACACAAAACAAGAUAUUAAAAGAGAUAAAAUAUUAAAUUUCCAGUGGUCAGCUCCUAAUUAAAAAAGAAAUUGCUGUUUUCAAAGGAAUAAUUUUUUUACACAUUCUGGAUCAAGAAGGAAAAGAAGAUUGUAAAAAAGUUUUAAGUUUAUGGAAUAUAGCUCUUGAAAGAUGCCUGAGUGAACUCUUCUGGUUGUAAACUAUGCACUGUAAAUACUGUUUUUUUUUGUUGUUUGUUUGUUUUUAAUUUUUUGUGAACAUUCUGCAUGAUGUACCCCAUGAAAAGAAGAAAAUGUUUGAGAAUGAACGCAGCACAUCACCCCAUUUGUCUUCAGUAGUUUUACACUUGUUAAGGACUAACAAGCAUCUUUAAAAAGACAUUUUUUUCUUGUUACUUACUGCACUAUAUUUAUGUGUUUUUGGGUUGACAUGCUCUGUCAUUGUUUUAUCGCCUAAUAUCACCUGCUCUUCUAACUGAGAUGAUUCAACUUUCAUACAACUAAUUCACUCUCUCUAAUAAUCAUCUCAUCUCCUCAUCUCAGACCACUUUUCCUGGAGAGGGUCACAGUAGUCAACCUAGACUUCCCUGUCCCCAGCCACAGAUUCCAGCUCUUCCUGGGGAAUUCCCAGCAUUCCAAGCCAGCCAAGAAAUAUAAUCUGCAACCAAUAAUAGCAAAUAAGAUUUAAAUGCUCCAACUGAUGGUUAUCGACUUGGACAAUUUAUAUAAUCAAUAUGCACACAACUCCCAAGUCAGAAAGGAUUGUACGGAGAAGAGCAGCCAGAAAAAAGUGUGAAGAAAACAAUUUCAAUACAAAAGGAGUAAUAUACUGUAGAUCAGGAAAGCAGACUGUUUAGUAAGUAUUUUACAACAGUAGGUUAAAUAAUAGAAAUGCCAGCUCAAACUGAGCUGUAGACCAACGUAAUUCAAGUCAUGUAGCAUCAUUGUAAGGUACAGGUUUCUGUCUCUAAAUGUGAAAUUGUGAUAAGGGAUCAAAGCCAAAGGAAAAAAUGUACACUUGGGUGAAUUGAGCAGUGUCUGCAGGGCCAACAUGGGUCGAUCUUACCUUGUUUAUUAGCAGAUGAAGGAGAGCACUGAAGCACAGGGGACUAGUUCCGAAUCAAAAUUGCUUGCUACUCUUCCCCUUUUGUGCACAAAAUGUAACAAGCUAAGUCCAUACAGUAUUUAUGGUGAGAGAGAAAAACGCAGAUUCAGUUUUCAGUUGCAUUAUGUUUAUUUGCACUUUUAUUUAUGAGUACAGAGUGUUGUUUACACACUUACUAAUGUUCCCUUUUUAACACAAGAAUACUAUUCUUAGAUAUGUGAACGUUGUUUUUAGAGAAUUCUUUAUGUUUUAAAAAUGGGUGGAACAUUUGAGCACAACGAAACAUGUUUCAGAACUCAACAUGAUACUCCAGUGUUUGUCUCGCAUCCCAUAAAUGUGCAGGAUACAUUUAUUGGUAUUUUUAAACUGGCACCAUAUCAAUUAAUGUACAUGGAAUAGACUGGAAUUCUGCCCAGGGCUAAAACCUUUCAUGCACCCACUAAAAUCCCACAAUGGAUUUCAUAAACGAAUUAUAGCUUUUGCAAAAUGUUGCCAAUUGUUAUGUUGCAAUUAUUACUUCAGCUCAAUUAGUACACUCAACAUGGUGUAUAUUGGGAGAUACCGUGGUCAGUGCUCUGUCACACCAGAUGAACUCAGUUACCUGCCUGGUAUUUGUGGAUUGUACACACUUUGUUUUUACGCACAUUUUCUCCAGCAUCCUCCCACAGCUCAAAAAUGUGGCUAUUAGUUAAAUCGAUGGCUAUCUAUGGACUGAGGUGUGAUGGAUCAAUUCUGACAUUGUACCUAAAGCCAAGAUUUAAAUAGAUUUAAGAAUUAUCUGGACAGUGGAAUAAAGUUAAAUCAGUUAUUUUACUGACUGUUUUUUAUUAAACACCAAAAUGUCCAAAUUCCGUUGAUAUGACAGCCAUUUCUCUGCAGUGUACAUGUUGAUGUACUUGCAGUAGCUCUUCUCAAAAAUUAAACAAGCCAUUCAAAACUACCAUGAAAAAAUGUGAUUUGAUUUAAAUCAACAGAAUGUCUUCUGGUAAAAAUACGUACAUGCAGUAGGUAAAUACUGCAACUAUAUUGUCUUUUUUGCAUCAUUCACUUAAGUGUAGGCUGAGUUUAACAUUUCAAUAAACUCUCUGGGGGAAAUAUAUUAAGUAAUAUAAAUAUAUACGCUGGUGUUUUGGCAUUUCCACCAUACCUGCACUGAUGUGUUUUGCACCUACAUUACGAGCACAAGGAUAGCUAAGCCUUUUGCCUCAUUUGUACUUUCUUUGUACUUAUAACCCUGGCUCCCACACUGCUGUACGUCUAAUGGGCCGACCUGAUGAAAAGCAGCCUCCGCUUGUGCUGCAUGGCACUUUGAAAUAAACAAUUAACUAAAAUUAAUAGAAAGAAAGAGAGCACCAGUGUUCAGUUACGUCACGCACAGCUUCUCACAAUAAAUAUUUGUAGUUCACUGCAAACUUUGCUCAGCUAAAAUAGUCAUGGAAUGCUCUCUUUUGAGGAUGAACAAUUGCAAUGAACGGUCAUUUUAAAGGCUUGCAUAAGGCAAUGUUUUAUUUAUCCAUGUUUUUAUUUAAUGCAUUAGUAAUACUGUAUACAGGGGUGGGUAUAGGUUUACAGUUAUGAGUAUGUAAAACAGUUUAUUCUUGUAUUAUUUAUUUAUUUAUUAAUUAUUGUAUUAUUUGUCUUCUUCUUAUUUUUUUUUGUUAUUAUUUUGUAACCUUACUUAGGAUUUAUCUUUUAGGUAAUGAUGGCUAGUAAUGAGCACUUACAAGACUGUACCUAAGUGCACUGUGCCAUUAUGAUAUUCUUUUGAGUUAAUAAAGAUAUUGAGUUAAUAAAGCUAUUGUAAUAAUCAUAA